CAACAAUAAUCACUACUGAAACUAUCCACAAAAUGGUUCUACUACUAAUAAUAAAAUAAAAGUAAAAAAAAAUUAUUACUGAAAUACACAUACAUGUGCUCAUAAAAGACAAGGAAUGAAGUCAAAUAAAACUCAUAGCCAACAGUUUAACCUGCUGUAAAAAAAAAAGAGUGGCUGUGAGAGUGGUUCUGUCUGAGUGGGCUGAAGGUUCACGUGAAAUGUCAGGGGAAGCAAGCUGUUUCUUGUUGCGACGUGAGGAAAACUCAAUAAAGCCGCUUCACAGUUUGAAGAAUCCUUCAAAUCAGAUGCCUUACAAGAGAAGAGAUUACUCUCCCUUGCUGUUGGAGGGAUUUCGAGUGAGCAGUCCGCUUGUGAGGAGGAGGAGCUCCCUUUGACCAACCUAAGUUGGCACGUGGAAGGCUGGAGGCGUGGAUGUGAAGCUUUCUCCGCUUGAAGAGGGAGGUAGAGGAAGCAAUCGUCAGACAGGAGAGAAGAGACCGAGGCUUCUUGUUGGCGGGGUGGAGGUGAGCAGUUGCUUGUGGUAUUCUCUGGUCAGAGGCGGACCAAAGACUGGAGGCGUGGGGAGGAAAACAGAGCAAGGAUUUUUUUUUCUUUACUUGUGGCUCCCUUCUGUCUGAAAACAGCGGGCAUAGUUCAUUUUGACGAACGGGGGCCAGCUGUGAUUGAAGCGGGAUAGAUCGACGGACGUUCGACAAAACGAGGUUUGCAUCAAUGGAAUUAAUGGAUCUGCUCCUUGUUUUCUCCAUUUGGCAUCUGUUAUUGUUGCAUUUUUUUUUAAUUUAACAGCCAUAUUAGUGAUUGGUCACUCAUGCAUUAAUUUAACAUGACAAAGAUGAGUCAAUCAGGUCAAAGGCUGCCUCGAAUUGCAUGCAUUUUUCUCAUUUUGCGUGUAUUUCACUUCGUUAAAUAUGCUGAAUUCGUCGAAUAUCAGAAUUAGACAAAUUAAUAGCGCAUUUCGGGUAUUGUCGAUGUUUCGGUCAAUGACGCAGCCCGUUUCACGAUCGACGUCAUUUGGGCGACGUUGAGGGUAAUUUUUACAUGGGGCCACCUCGAUUUGUGUGCGCAUCUUCAAAAGAACAAUUUGAUAGUGCAUUUAGGGUAUUGCUGAUGUUUCGGUCGCAAUGACGCAGUCCAUUUCACGAUCGGACGUCAUUUGGGCGACGUUGAGGGUAAGUUUUACAUGGGGCUACCUCGAUUUGCAUGUGCAUCUUCAAAAGAAAUAUUUGAUAGUGCAUUUAGGGUAUUGUCGAUGUUUCGGUCGCAAUGACGCAGUCCAUUUCACGAUCGGGCGUGUCAUUUGAGCAUACCGAUGGUAAUUCUUGCAUGCGCCCACCUCGAUUUACGUGCACAACCUAAAUUAUACAAAUUGGUAGUGCAUUUAAGAUAUUAUCGAUGUUCCGAACACAACGACGCAGUCCGUUUCACGAUCGGGCAUCAUUUGGGUAGAGUCGGGCAAACUUUUCUUGAAAUUUGUGCUUUACCUGAAAUGCGUAUUGAUUUCGCAUGCUUUAAUUUGAAUAAAUUGGAUGUCACCCUUAGAUAUUUAGGAUAUUCUGAAUACAUUGGCGAAGUUUGUUUUGCGAUCGGACUUUUUUUCGCUAAUGCCAAAGCCAAUUUUCUCGAUAUACGUGUUUUUGUCUCGAAAUUUGUGCCACCAAUUCGGAUGAUCCAAAUUGAACAUAGAAGACGUAGUUUUUGAGUAUUCAUAAUGUUUCGAUCGUAAUGGAGAAAUCGGUUCGUCGAUCCGACGUCGUUUGAUCAGCUUUGUAAUUUAAUUUCGGGUGUUGGUCGUCCCUUUUGACCGAUCUCAUCCGAUUCGAUUGCGACGGGCCUCGACUUAGCAAAAUUCGAUAUCCUGAUCGCAACGAUGGUGUUCUUUUUACAAUCAGAGAUCAUUUGACCCUUCAAGUGAUGCGUUGUAUCAUCCCGCGCGUUGCUCGAUCCGCCACCUUUGUCCUUUUUGCACAUAAUUUAAGUUAUAGGGGUCAACAAAUGCCCCCCAACAAAUGUCGGUUGACGGUCCUUAGUAGCCCCUCUUCUCUUUUUUUUUUUUACAUUCCUUUUUUUUGUCAUUAUUACAACUGCUUUUUGAUAUAUUUGUAUUUUCUCCUUAUGCAGAAGAUGUUUCGUUGGCAGAGACCUGAUGAUCUUCCACCAGGUGAGCCUAGUGAGGCUGCCAUCUGGGAUGCGAUUGACAGGUGGGAUCCCAAUAGUAGAGUUGAUGUUCGGGAUAAACUAAAGCAGCACCAGGAUAUGCUGCGGGGGCGAUAUGUUUUUCACAGUUUCUUUACCCGCUCCCCUUUACUGCCAGAGCUUUCUAGGGAUUCUGUUGCUUUUGAGAACCCGGACAGGUGGGUCACUAGUCUCAGAUUGCAGUGCGGGGAGUAUCACCCGUUGGAGAGUACCAUUGCACCACUGAGUUGGGGGACUUGCGACAUUUUGGAGCCAGUAGCCGAUGUAGCGGAGCCUGUUGGAUAGUCGAGACUUCUUGGUCACCGGCAGUUACAGCCGGCACCCUUGGAGUGGCCGAGAGACUCUACAGUUGGGCAGGUAAAGAGUCUAGUCAGGGUUUACAUUUGUUGGGCACGCUACAUUCUUCAGACACAGAGGUACAUUGCAGGCAGCGGGGAUUUACGGGGCAGUUUACGCCUAACUGUUUGACUACGGGCGCCUUCCUUCCUCUUGGGCCCGAGGUUUAGUUGAGUUAUGGGACUCAGGCAGAGGUACUUGCUGGAUCAGGACGGAGGAGCUCGCGAUUACUUUUUCAGACCUCCAGACAGUGUCAGGGCUACCAGUUUUUGGCCACCACUUUGAGGAGUGUGUUCCUCUAGAUGAGCAAUUAUUUCAGCGGGUCCUUUCGGAAGACGGUGACAGGCGAGGGAGGUUAGUACUGUUAGAUGUUUACCCCGUCGCACUGCAGCGCUACAGACAGACGCAUAGAGCGUCCGACCUAUCGAGGCGCGCUAGGGCUUCCAUGCCCGUCGAUGUUUGGAUUCGUAGUUUUCUUCAGGAGAGGUACCUAUCUUCAGUUUGAGUUUCACUACAUGACCCUUUUGGACUUGGUUUGAAGCGUGGUGCUCCAUUGUCAGAGGAGACUGCUGAGCCUUCUUCUACCUAUAGUUGUACUUUCCCAGGGUUGCCGGGUGUCAGUGAAGACUUGUUCUUAGUGGGACUUUUGGCUACUUGGCUCUGCACUUUUGUUCUUCUUCUUAGAGCAGGAUUAGUUAGAUGUAGCGUACUUCUGGCCGCCAGUCAGUUAGCACAGGGGCAGAGACUUGCUUUGGUUCCAGCGACACUUGCUAGGAUUUAUAGGUCUCUACGCACUGCUUCUGAGGCCGCUUCUCUCGAGUUACGGGAUCUGACUUUACCAUGGCAGUACUUGUACGGAUGGAUUCACUUGCACGCUCAAGGUGCCUUUUUUGUUCUGGAGUUUCCUGCUUACUUCUCAGAGAGAGGGUACCCCACUGUUCUCCCGUUGUCUCAGGCGUCCUCUACCCUAGAGUCGGAGAGGAUCCGACUUUUCUUCUUUGCACCACAGUUGGUUAGAGACCGGUUCUCCUUGGUUCAGCAGCCAGAUGUCGUUGGUUUGUCGCCUCACCUGAGAGGUAUUGUUGUAGUGGAUGGGAUUGAUCAUAGAGGUAGACGCAUGCUUCUGCUCCGUGGACAGAGUUUGACAGUUGCUGAGUACCUCAUUAGCAUACGCCCGGGCUGGUUGUGUUACCGUUCUGGUAACAUUAUGACGUUGGAGGGCUAUCAGCCCAACAGAGUAGCCAGACAGUUUGGGUACUUUCAGGCUACAGCUUUUGACGGUCGCCCAGUUGUUCCUGCAGUUACAGAUGUUUUACGCAUGGAGACUGUACCGCAGGAGACCCGUUUUUUCACAGCAGCAGUGACGUGGCUGCACUUGCUCAGGCUUGGCACCGGGUCUAGUUUUCUUCUAGCUCAGCCAUCCAGUUGUACCGGCAUUAGUUUCACGCAGCUGACUUGAGUACGUUUGUCCUUUGGUCCUGCUCUGGAGCACGGAGCUAGGAGAUACGAGAGCAGAGUACACGGUCUCAGGUUGCCAAAGGGACAUAGGUCCCGUAGGGGUUUUUCAGACGCUACUUUUGAGAGAGGUACUUUUUUUACCCGUCCCUUUUUUGUCAUUUAUUAAUUUGAUUAAAUAUUGAUUGCUUAAUUUGCUCUUGAUACAGGGACAGAAACUGAGGUCCAUACUACUGCUGGGGUUGUAGUUCCCUCUCCGGUGAGAGCUCCAAAUGUGGCACCCGAGCCACCUCGUGCUGAGACUACCAGGCCUUCACGCAGACGUGCCGGCUCCCAGCGUACUUCAUCUUCUCGGAUGUCUGUGGACGUUCACACUUUACUUGGGGACUCCGACGAGAGUUCACAGAGACCGAGGAGAUCAGACUUUACUUGCUACAAUACGUUGAACCCUCCGGACGACUUCUCUUUUCCGGUGUACCCUUACGGGUCUUUCUAUUACGGGGAGUCUUCAGGAGCUGACGAAGGCUCAUUUUCAGAGUUUUUUGAGACACCGUCAUACGUAUCAGCAACCUUAGACUUAGUACCUACAGGGUUUUCUUUCUUUCCUGAGUGUACCCAGACUGAUACUGCGGGCCCUUCUUCUGUUCCUGCUGGUUACUCCUCUGACUCAGCGAGCCCCUCAGCAGUGCCUGGGGGAGCUGACGACACUUCGAAGAUUUUCUGCCACAUUCCUUUACUUCCCGAUUCUAGGAGCGCUAGCAGAUGCAACCACGCUAGAGAGAUUUUACGGGAUCUAAUAUGCAGCAUUGAUCCGGGGUCUCCAGAGUCCUGGGAUAGGUUCACCUCCUAUGCUGACCAGUCCCUCAGCUUACUUGCUAGUCUUGGGAUGGAUAGUUCUGAGCUAGUUGGUUGGGAGAUGCUUUGUCGUGAUGCGGAGGUUUUCGUUAGACGAUUGCGGUCUUUUGCUACCUUACGGCCCGGUACUACACCCCAGAACUAGAGGAGAGGCUUUCCAGACGACGAGCGGCAGCUGAUGUUGCCCAUGACCAGUUUAACAGGAGUGCAGUGGCAGUGAGGCAACACCGCGAUAGUUCUUCGAAGAUGGGUGCAGAAAUAGCAGAGUUUACAGCUCGCGUGAGGGGUCUCUGGAGAGACAUAAAGGAGGUGAUGUCCAAAAAGACUGAUGUAGAGGUGAGGCGCAGUCAGCGUGAUCGUCUCACCAGGAGGGAGGAGCAACGCCACCAGACUUUGCACCAAGCGAUGGCGGAUGCCGAGACCGCAUUAGUACAGGCAGAGGAGUUUCACAGUGCUGAGAUAGAGUUCCAGUCUUUGUCAGAGUUAGUUGGGCAGUUAGAUGAUCUAAAGUCUCGUAUCUCUUGACCUUUCUCCCUCUUUUUUUGUACUCUAUAGUGUCUAUACUCAUGUAAUUUCUUGAGUCUCCAUGUACUUGUACCUCAUGAUGAUUAUUGUAUACAUAUAUGGAGGAUUUUUUUUUAAAGCAUUUCUUCUUUCUUUUUUUUUUGUUCUCAGAGUUGUACUGAGCGGUAUGCUGGAGUUAUACUCCGAGCUUGAGUUUUAGACAUGUAUUGUUGGUGUCACUCGGGAUUUUAAAUAUUUAUUUGGAGAUCUCGGAACGCAGCGCGAUGUCGAUCCAAAUAAAUAUUUAAAAUGCCCCCAGCCUCUAAGGAUAGUUAUGAGCAGUGUCGCUUCAGCCAUUAGUUGAAAUCAGUAGCCGUUAGAUUUAGCUCAAAUUCCAAAAAAAUUGGCUCUUUCUGCCCUAUUCUUUGUGUGAUGGACCUGACGAAAGAUUUGUGGGUUCUUGGAUUCAGUUGAUAGUACCAAGUAUGGGGAGUAUCUUAAUCCUUAACCACUCGAUGAGACUUUUAAUCUAAGUCACUUGAGAUCAUCAGAUUAGAAGAGCUAGAAUUUAAUAGCUCUUUGUCCUCUAGUUGCUGAAACGGGGUCCCUCUACUGUGACCUUUCUUAUGGCGUAUUGAGUAGACAGAACUAACAGCGAUCCUGCCAUAUUUGGGCAUGUUGGAUCCGACCUUUUACACCCAUUCAGGCUUCAAACUCGAGCUAUGGGAAAUGUGCUCCCUGAUACUGAAUCUUCUGAAGGUAGAUUUGAAGUCAUCCUUUAUGGUUGAAGAUUUGGACUCACGCACACUUGGUAGGUGUUCAAAAUUACCCUUGUCCACUGGAAUUCUGAUUCUCCGGUCAAUUAGGAGAGUCUUGUAGACGAUGACCCCUAGAGCUCGUUGAGUCAAAUCAGCCUUCGUUCUUCCUGCAGUCCCUACUGAUGGGUUGACGAAGUGGGGGUUCCGCUACUACGGCCUUUCUUAUGGCGUGUUAGGUAGACCGAGCUGCCAGCGAUCCGGCCAUAUUUGGGCGUGUUAGAUCCGGCCUUUUACACCCAUUCGA